AUGAUAGGACCAACGAGGCCUCAAUUUGUGUUGUUUGGUUCUUCCAUUGUUCAAUACAGUUAUUAUGAAGGUUGGGGUGCUAUUCUUUCUCACUUGUAUGCUCGCAAGGCGGAUAUAAUUUUGCGAGGAUACGCUGCUUGGAAUUCAAGGCGUGCUCUACAGGUUCUGGAUAAAAUAUUUCCUGAGAAUAACACUGAACAACCAUCAUUGGUGAUUGUGUACUUUGGUGGUAAUGAUUCUAUUAUUGCAAAUCCAAAUGGCCUUGGUUCUCAUGUACCUAUCCAAGAAUACAUCGAAAAUAUGAGGAAGAUUGCUAUCCAUUUGAAGAGCCUUUCAGAAAGCAUUCGCAUUAUAUUUCUCAGUACUCCUCCCAUCAAUGAGGCACAAAUCCAUGAUAACAGUCAAACCAGUAAUUCACAGGGGCAGCCAUUGAGGACAAAUGAAUCCUGUCGAAUAUAUUCAGAAGCAUGUUUGGAGCUGUGCCGUGAAAUGAAUAUCAAGGCCAUUGAUCUUUGGUCUGCAAUCCAGAAAAUGGAUAACUGGAGAGAUGUUUCCUUCAUAGAUGGAAUUCAUCUGUCAUAUGAGGGAAGCAAGAUAGUGGUAAAAGAGAUAUUGAAGAUCCUCAAAGAAGCAGAGUGGGAACCUAGUCUACACUGGAAGUCAAUGCCAGCUGAAUUUGGAGAAGAUUCACCAUAUGAUCCAGUUGGCCCUGAUGGAAACACCACUUUUAAUCUCUCAAACUUUCCCUUCCCAGAAAGUAUUGAAUGGGAAUACAAUUAA